AUGUGUCUACGUGAGGCUUCGUUGAUACACACCGGUACCACUCAAAGCUGUGGCUCUAUAAAAUUUUGGUAUGCACAUGGACGUUGCUGUCAAAAUGAAAUUGAAACAAAAUCCAAGGGAAGGUGGAGUACCACAAAAUAUCCGAACGAACAAAGCCCUCAGUCGUAUACUCGACCCCAGCCCCCGCUUUCGCUUUUUCUAUGA